GCAUGAGAGUCAGCUAUUAGUCUUGGAGCUGCUCUGAGACGUCUCUCCGGUUCCACCGAAAGUCAGGAACUACUGCUGGGCUGGUAGAGCUGUGUGCUGCGCCAUGGCCACUUCGUUUCAGAGUGUGUCCGAGCUCGUCGUGGCUGCUCGGCGGUUCUACGGCCAGGUGUUCGGAGAAGAAGCUCCCCUGGUGGCGGUGUGUGCUCCCGGAAGAGUCAACCUGAUCGGGGAACACACGGACUACAACCAGGGCUUCGUCCUUCCAAUGGCUCUGCCCCUGGUGACGGUGGUGGUUGGGAGUCCAGCUGCUGGCCAGGAUGUCAGCGUGGCCACGGCGACAGAGGAUGCUGAUGAGCCUCGGAGGGUGGACUUCAGGCUGCCUGCUGAUGGAUCAGCGCUACCUCCAGGGUCACCGUCCUGGGCCAACUAUGUGAAGGGUGUUAUACAGCAUUACAGGGCUCCUCCUGUCCCAGGCUUUAAGGCAGUGAUCUCCAGCAGCGUGCCCCUGGGUGGAGGGCUGUCCAGCUCGGCCUCCCUGGAGGUGGCCGUCUACACCUUCUUGCAGCAGCUCCAGCCAGAUGACGGAGACACGGUGUCCAAAGCAUUAGCCUGCCAGCAGGCCGAACACACUCAUGCUGGUGUACCCUGCGGCAUUAUGGAUCAGUUUGUGUCUGUUCUCGGCAGGGAGGGGCACGCGUUGCUUAUAGACUGCAGGUCUCUGGAGGCCACACCUAUCCCUCUGGCAGAUCCACACCUGGUCAUCCUUAUCACCAACUCGAAUGUGAAGCACUCUCUGGCCGGCAGCGAGUACUCCGUGAGACGCAGACAGUGUGAGGAAGCUGCCUCCAUCCUUGGAAAGGACAGUCUCAGGGAUGCUACCAUGAAGGAUCUGGAGGAGGCAAGGAGCAGGAUGGAUGAUGUUACCUAUCGAAGAGCUCGCCACGUUAUUGAAGAGAUAGAAAGAACUGUCCAAGCUGCUGAAGCCCUGAAGAGAGGAGCCUACAAAGAGUUUGGCAAGCUCAUGGUGGAGAGCCAUAACUCUCUGAGAGAUCUGUAUGAGGUAAGCUGCAGGGAGCUGGAUGAGCUGGUGUCUGCAGCCAUGAAGGUGGACGGGGUGUUUGGCAGCCGGAUGACGGGCGGCGGAUUCGGUGGAUGCACUGUUACUUUGCUGCAGGCGCAUGCCAUCGACACGACCAUUCUUCACAUACAGGAGCAGUACAGCGGAACUCCAACUUUUUAUGUCACAACUCCAUCAGAAGGAGCACGACCUCUCACUCUGUCUUGACCUUUGUCGACACUUCUGCUAUGAGCACAGCUGAUUCUGUCCUCAUUACAGGCUUUAUGCUUUGAUUUCUUUCCUUUUUUGGGUGGGGGGAGGAGAUAAUCACUAAAGACUACCUGCUCCACAGCAAACAGUUUCUGUGGAGUUAGUGAUGACCACAGACUGUAUAUAAACAUGGACACACAUCACCACAUCCUCCCACUGGGCAAACAUGAAACCAAAUAUCAACCAUAGCAACCAUGGGGUGGAGUUGUGGUAUCCAGGUUCCGCAUAUGUGAGCAAUAUUAGCAUUCACUUCCUUAUUAAGUUAGCCUUUAAAACACAAACCUAAAUUACAGAAAAAACAACCAAGUUUUCCCAGAUCCCUCAGGAUCACAUAGUUAAAAAAGCAAACAGUCCUUUUUUACAUUCUCAGCAGAGGUCUGCAGGUGAACGCCAAACAAUAAGAAGUACCUAAUGUUAUUACAGGUAUAUAUUGACUUUAUUUUUUGUUCCAUUCACUAUGUCCUAUGUUAUACUUUCUAUAUCCUCAGGUAUGUCAGGAUGUAAAUUUCUGUGUGAUGUAAAUUUUCUCUCCCCAAGCCUGCAAGAGUCGGGCCGUAUUCCUCCACGGAUCCAUCUGUAGUGCAAAAUCUGUGUUGGUCAUGCUUCAAUGGAAGUAAUGUGUAUGCACGGAAUACAUAAAUACAACCUAAAGUGUGUGUUUGCAACAGAGUCUUCUGAAUGAACUCCUGCAGAACUCAGAAAUAGUAUAAUAACAACUUAGCAUCUGUGCCUGCACCUGUCUGUUAGGGUUAUAGGGAAGAGUCUGUGCUGUACUGCAACUAACCAACAGGUGGGGUUUAAAAAAAUGUGUUGUCCAUCUUUACAUACAGUUUAUGGUGGAGAAAAAAAUAAACAAAAGGAGAUUUGAUAUUGAUCGAGCUGUCAUAAAGUGGACACAAACCUGUUUCCAGUGGGGUGAUACAGCACCCUCCAUAAUUAUUGGCACCCCUUGUUAAGAAGUGUUCUUUAGCUUCUAGUAAAU